CCAAAAACAUCGAUGUUUGAAUAUGUAAAUCUAUCGAAAAUUUCCCAUAUCAAUUUUGCCGGCAGAAACUAAAAACAAUCGGAAAGUAAAGAAUAAUUCACAAAUAUAGCUCCUCAGCGCAGCUUAAGUUCAAAACGGCAUCGGAAUAAACCUCCUUGAUGGGCAAAAUCUUUCUAACAUGGAGAUCUCAGAAGCUAUGGCCAAGGACAUGACGCCAAUGACAAGGCAGGAUGAAGAAGAGCUCCAUAGGACUAAGAAACAUUCCGUCAGGCGUCAUUCCCACAACUCACCAAAGGCGUUGCAACGCACGUGGCUAAAGCGCCGCCUUCGCCGCCUUGUAGUCUCUGAGAGCAGCAGUAGCAGAAAACCAGUGCGCCGCAAACAUGCGUUGGAACUGGGCCGCAAGAAGGCAUAUCAGACGACUUGGUACUGUCUGCUCAUGGCGCUAUGUCUCGGCCUGGGAAUCACUGUGUGGCGAUGGUCCCCAGAGGACAGCAGCUUUUGGGAGAUGUACAAUAACCAUUACCACUCGAUCGUCCACAAUCGUAGCAACUACUGCGACCGCUCUCAUCGGCUGGGCCACAUGGUGACGCACUGCAGGCGCCAAGUACUGCACCAGGAGGAGGCCCUGGAUGAGUUAGAACGUGCUCUGGACAACGUUACCUUCCAGAAUAUCGCUUUGGUCGGCUCCUCUGGCGUUGGCAAGAGUCACACGGCCCAAGUGCUGCGCGAACAGUUUCCGUGGCCCGAAAACGUGAAGACUGUAUCCUGGCGUGACGCUUCGUCCCUAUUGCGGGUUAAGAGCGUUCUCCAUGAAGUCGUCCAGUGCGGACAAAAUCUCAUAUUGAUUGACAAUAUGACCCCUAAGGACGCGCAAUUCGUAGGUGCCGUCAACGAGCUGAUUCGCGGGAGAGAGGAUAUAGCCAACAGCACGGGACAGACGCAUCUAAAGCGAUUGACCGUGGUCUUUAUAUUCAGUGUGAACCGUCUGCAGUCAGAAGAGAAAUUUGACACGGAAAUGGAGGCGUUGAAGCAACUGCCGCACACCCAAGUCAUCCCCUAUGCCUCCUUUGAGCCCAGACAUCUGCUGGACUGCAUCCGCAGAGAGGAGCUUCUUGAGAAUAUGCAGCUGGAUAGUGCCAAAGUCGACGAGAUAAUCAAGGGCAUCGACGCGAGGGUCUCCGGCUGCAAGUCCGUCCGUGCAAAGGUUCUGCUGUACGGACAACCCCUAGUCCCCCACAUGGACGAAAAAGAAUUUUCCGACAACGAAUCAACUGACUGAUAUUGCCACAAGACUAGUAGCCUAGAAUAGCAAAUGAAAAUGAAAUCGUGAAACAGCAAACGUGAUAAACUACAGAGGACUGUUUAUGGACUGUUAAUACAACCUAAUGUGAAUACACUAAAAACCCACUAAAUGAAAAUUAUAAACCUGUAAACUUAAGAAUAUAGUACGUAUUAAAAAUAAAUCAAGACAAUGACUGCCCAA